CGGGCCAGGCCGGGGCGCCUCCGAGCAUGCGCGCCGCCCACUGCCCGGGCCCACUGGGUCCCCGCGCGACCCUGGGCGGCGGGCGUAGACCGCUGGGUCCGGCCCGACUUUUUCUUGCUGACUUCCAGCAAGGGGCAGUAGCGAGCCAGCGACAGUCUGCUCAUCUGUAAAAUGGCCCCAGAAGGCUGUGCCGAGUUAGCUUGUGACAAGCCUCCAACUGGAGGGAGCCACACUCAAUGGUUCCAGUGGUCACGUUGGGGCACCCCUCGCGGGCACAGAGCAUCUUGGCUCUGGCUCCUCAGCCCUGAGAGCAAGGUUUCUGCCCUGAGCCAGGGGAUACAGGGAAGGGCAGGUGCCGCAGGCUCUUGCCAAUCCCCUGGUCACUGAGGCUCACUCCAGAGCCCUUUGCACUGUGGAAAAGGCAGGCCCGAGCAUUAGGGGUGCUAGUGGUUCACAAAGAGCUUCUGUGAGUGGGUGGCGGGUGGGCAGGAAGGAAGGAUCCCUCCGCCUCGGCAUUUGCUUGCAGCGACUCCUUUGGAAGAGCACGGACUCAGUGCAGUAAGGGAGAGCAGACUCCGCCUGCCACAGGAGAACAUAAUGAAAUCCAACAUUGACAAGAAGUUUUCUGCACACUAUGAUGCCGUGGAGGCAGAGCUCAAGUCCAGCACCGUGGGACUUGUGACCCUGAAUGACAUGAAGGCCAAGCAAGAGGCGCUGGUGAAGGAGCGGGAGAAGCAGCUGGCCAAGAAGGAGCAGUCGAAGGAGUUGCAGCUGAAGCUGGAGAAGCUGCGAGAGAAGGAGCGCAAGAAGGAGGCCAAGCGGAAGAUCUCCAGCCUGUCCUUCACCCUGGAGGAAGAAGAGGAGGCUGGCGAGGAGGAGGAAGAUAUGGCCAUGUAUGAGGAGGAGCUGGAAAGGGAAGAGAUCACCACGAAGAAGAGGAAAUUGGGGAAGAACCCAGAUGUGGACACAAGCUUUUUGCCUGACCGAGACCGUGAGGAGGAGGAGAAUCGGCUCCGGGAAGAGCUGCGGCAAGAAUGGGAAGCCAAGCAGGAGAAGAUCAAGAGUGAGGAGAUUGAAAUCACCUUCAGUUACUGGGAUGGCUCUGGGCACCGGCGGACAGUCAAGAUGAAAAAAGGCAACACCAUGCAGCAGUUCCUACAGAAGGCGCUUGAAAUCCUGCGCAAAGACUUCAGUGAACUCAGGUCAGCAGGGGUGGAGCAGCUCAUGUACAUCAAGGAGGACCUAAUCAUACCCCAUCACCACAGCUUCUACGAUUUCAUCGUUACCAAGGCGCGAGGGAAAAGUGGACCACUCUUUAAUUUCGACGUUCAUGAUGACGUGCGGCUGCUCAGUGAUGCCACUGUGGAGAAGGAUGAGUCACAUGCAGGCAAGGUGGUGCUACGGAGCUGGUAUGAGAAGAACAAGCACAUCUUCCCCGCCAGCCGCUGGGAGCCCUAUGACCCUGAGAAGAAGUGGGACAAGUACACGAUCCGGUGAACGCAGAGGUGGAACUUGACUCCCCCCGGUUUCCUCCAGUCUCCCCACAACCCCGGGUCUCCAAGACUCCAGGCGCCCUGCUUCCCUCUCCCAUGACAUGACUGAUCUGCCCCUGCCCCGAUGCUGUCAUUUACCAUUUUUUUCUUUUAUGGUAAACAUAUAUACAUGUUACAGUCAGAGUACCUGUACUGUGUUUUGUUUUAAAAAACAUUUAUUGAGAUAAAAUUCACAUAUGAAAUUCACCAUUGUGGCCAUUUGAAACUGUAUAAUUCAGGGGUAUUUAGUACAUUCACAAUGUUGUACAAACAUCACCUCUGUUUAGUUCCAAAAUAUUUCCAACACCCCAAAAGGAGACCCUGUACCCAUUAGCAGUCUCUCCCAGCCUCUGGCAGCCCCUAGUCUGCUUUCUGUGUGUAGGAAUUUGCCUUUUCUGGAAGUUUCACAUAAAUGGAAUCAUACAAUAUUUGUGGUCA